AUGGUCGUGAUCCCGGCCAACGGACACGAAAGGCGCCGUGUCCUAGUAGACCGCGUGCACUCUAUUGUGUCAAAUCGCGUUCACAACGGCGACGAGCAAUAUCUGGUACGAUGGACAUCAGACACAUCGACCACGAAACCACCACUCAGCUGGCACUCUGUUAAGGACUUAGUGCGAUGCCUAGAGCAGAUCCAAGACUACCUUGAAGUGAGAGAGAAGAACCUACCGCUACCUUCAGACGUAAAACCUUCGAGGAAAAGAAAGAGUCCUGAUGGUGGUUCAUCGUACGAACGCCGCUCUUCACCCUUCGAUCGACGACUACAAGAGAGUCCCAGUGAUAUAUACAACGGCGUUUUGGAUGCUGAUCAAUAUGGUCAUGUAUUCUGCAGACAGGCCUCGGGUCCAGACGUACCCGAACUUGACAUUUGCACCGUACCCACGCCAGAGAUGAACCUCAUUGCGCAUCGUUCGAGUGUCGACAAAGCACUUAUGUACAUCCGCAAUGAGUAUGUCCGGAGACUAGCGAAAGUACCAGGCAAACCCAUUCACUUGUUCAAUGUGGUCGACAAAGCCACUCCCUCACUGCGCUUCCGGUACAUCUCCGAAUAUGUUCUAGAUGAGCAACAAGGUGUCUACCGCGCGUCACUAGAAACACAGCAAGGCUGCCUACAGUGUUCACCCCACAUGGGUCGUGGCAUCGGAUGCGAAUACACAAAGAAGUGUGACUGUCUGGAAUACGCUGCAGUGGAUGAGAGCCGCCUCGAUGAAGAAAGAAAGCGGGAAUACCAACUUGCGCUCGAAAACGGAGAUUCAACAAUGGGCUUUCCGAAGAAAUUCCCUUACUUCGCCGAAGGCACGAAACGAGAGAAGACCGGCUGUCUCGUACCCUUUUACCUCAACUCCCGUCGUCCAAUCUACGAGUGCAAUGAUAAGUGCAACUGCGGCCCUAAUUGUCGCAACAAGAACGUUCAAUUCGGGCGUCAGGUCGAAGUGGAAAUCUUCAGAGCGAAUGACGGGCGUGGCUGGGGUCUCCGCUGCAAACAAGAUCUCCACGAAGGCCAGUUCAUCGAUACCUACCGUGGCGAAGUCAUAACAGAUGCCGAAGCCACACGCCGCGAAACCUCGUCGUCAAAAGCCAAAGCGUCUUACCUCUACUCCCUCGACAAGUUCGCUGAGUCAGAAGGCCUCAAAGAAGAAGAUCUCUACGUUGUAGACGGCGAGUUCAUGGGCGGACCAACCAAGUUCAUCAACCACUCAUGUGACCCUAACUGUCGGCAAUAUACCGUGUCAUACAACAAGCACGACCCGAGAGUUUAUGACAUCGCGUUCUUUGCACGGAGGUUCAUUCCAAAGGGCGAGGAAUUGACGUUUGACUACCUUGAUAAGGAAGAGGGGGAGGAGAUGGAUGAACCGGGUGAGGGGGCGCUUCCUUGCCUCUGUGGGGCGAAGAAUUGCCGCAAGUGGCUGUGGACGUGA